AAACUUCCACUUCCUAAUUUACACAACUACAUAGAUUACUCAAGUCAAAUAAGUCUUUCACCUCAGCCUUAGUUCAUCCUAUUUUCUAUCAUCAGAAAAUGGAAUCGAUUGUCGAUGAGCAUAACGAGCCAACGAAUCCAAUUUCGGUAAUCAAUGUGUUGCUAUUGCUAAUUAUCAUCGAUUUCAUCAUCAUCUUUCGAGACUUCUACUCAAGUUUCUCUCAAAUUCCAAAAUUCUUAUCGAAUGUUAUUUCAUAUGUAUGCGGAGUUUGCGCUGACUACAGAUGCUAUAGUACCGAAAAGCUCUGCAUCCGCGUAAAUGAAAGUCAGACACUGCCACAAAAUAUGGAAAUGGUCACAGACAAACUCAAUGCAUACUUGACACAAAGUACUCACCAUGACAACAAGAAUAUAGACGACGAUGAGCUAACUAUAGGAGAAGUGACAAUGGUAAUGGGAAAACUAGGAAUUUCUUAUACCCCAGAUGGAGAUUGCAAGUUCGAAGAAAAGCUGCAAUCAAAUGAGAUUUCAACUCUCUUUGAAGAGCAGGAGCCAAGUCUGCAAGAGUUUCAAGAAGCUUUCUCCAUGUUCGAUGAGAACAACGAUGGCUUCAUCGACUACAACGAGUUGAGGAAGGUUGUUUCUACGCUAUGUUUGUCACAAGCUUCGGAAGUAGAAUGCAGACGGAUGAUUAAAGCAUUUGAUAAUAACGGAGACGGAGUCAUAGAUUUCGAUGAGUUUGUUAGACUCCUAACUAACAGUUUUUGCUAACUAUUCACAUCAAUCCUCCUAUUAAUCUUAGCUUUUUUUUCGUGGCGAAAUUGUCAUCAUUACUAGCUAGAGUGUUGCAUAGCCAGAGCCGAAGUAUAUUGAUCAACUAGAAAACAGAGUAUAUGAUGCUUGAAAACUGGCUUAAGUUUCCUAUAAUAAAUGAAAAUAUCUAUCAAAGUCUUGUAUCGA